ACCGAGCGGAGCCCAGCGGGGCACCGGCGCUGCCGGCGCCUCCCCGGUGCCCGCCGGGCUGGGCCGGGCGGCGGCGGGAGCAGAGCCAGGGAAGAUGACAUCUCGGCUCCUGUGAGCCAGCAGUGCCCAGGGAGAGCCAUGGAGCUGGAGUACGAGCUGCCCAACGCCACCGCCUUCUGGUUCUCCCCGGCCUCCCCCUUCGACAACUUCUCCCUGGAGGCGCCCACCAACACCUCCCAGAACGCCACGGGCCAGCACUUUGACCUGACCAGCAACGCCAUCCUCACCUUCAUCUACUUCGUGGUCUGCAUCAUCGGGCUGUGCGGCAACACGCUGGUCAUCUACGUCAUCCUCCGCUACGCCAAGAUGAAAACCAUCACCAACAUCUACAUCCUCAACCUGGCCAUCGCCGACGAGCUCUUCAUGCUCGGGCUGCCCUUCCUGGCCAUGCAGGUGGCCUUGGUGCACUGGCCCUUCGGCAAGGCCCUCUGCAGGAUUGUCAUGACGGUGGAUGGCAUCAACCAGUUCACCAGUAUCUUCUGCCUGACGGUGAUGAGCGUGGAUCGCUACCUGGCUGUGGUCCAUCCCAUCAAAUCUGCCAAGUGGAGGCGGCCCAGGACAGCCAAAAUGAUCAACGUGGCCGUUUGGGGCGUCUCCCUGCUGGUGAUCAUGCCCAUCAUGAUUUAUGCUGGGGUGCAGCACAACCAUGGCAGGAGUAGCUGCACCAUCAUCUGGCCGGGAGAGUCGGGCGCCUGGUACACGGGAUUCAUCAUCUACGCCUUCAUCCUGGGCUUCCUGGUGCCUCUCACCAUCAUCUGCCUUUGCUACCUGUUCAUCAUCAUCAAAGUCAAGUCCUCGGGCAUCAGGGUGGGCUCCUCCAAGAGGAAAAAGUCCGAGAAGAAAGUCACCAGGAUGGUGUCCAUCGUGGUCGCCGUCUUCAUCUUCUGCUGGCUCCCCUUCUACAUCUUCAACGUCUCCUCCGUGUCCGUCAUGAUCGUGCCCACGCCCGUCCUCAAGGGCAUGUUCGACUUCGUGGUGGUCCUGAGCUACGCCAACAGCUGUGCCAACCCCAUCCUCUACGCCUUCCUGUCCGACAACUUCAAGAAGAGCUUUCAGAACGUCCUGUGCCUGGUGAAGGUCAGCGGCAUGGACGAGGCCGACCGCAGCGACAGCAAGCAGGACAAAUCCCGCCUCAACGAGACCACGGAAACCCAGAGGACCCUGCUCAACGGUGACCUGCAGACGAGCAUCUGAGGGGACGGCGGGGUUUGUCCUGCCUGCGCCCCUCCCCUCCCCGCUGGCUCCCGGCUGCAGCAGGGGGGUGGCAGCACGGGGUCAGGGCAGGAAUGCCACCUGAGGGGACGGCUGUGAGCACGCGGUGGCCUCGGGGCUCCUCUCCUGGGCUCCUCUCUGCUGGGUUGGCUUUCGAGUGCUGGGAAGGAUACGGGUCAGGAGGAGCCGCCUCGCCAGGAAAACAAAGACAACUCACGGCGACACCAAAGUGCCACCGUGGGCACAGGUACGGCCGGGGCGGCUCUGCUGGGUCCCCCGUGCCACCCUCGGGGCUCUGCACCUGGACACACCCGGGGACCUCAGGAGGAGCCGAGGCCACAGGUGUGUGACAACACGGGGACGCACCGACCUGGUGGGAGCUGCCGGCGAGUGUCCCUCCCGAGGAGACCAGGAUGUUUGGGAUUGCGUUUUCCCCCGGUUAUUCCCUGCUCCGCCGCGUGCCCUGCCGCCUCCCCGCGCUCUGUGACUGCCGCAGCCGCCCUGCCCGGAGGGGACACGCCAGCACCGAGGUGACUUCCCCACGGGAAGCAGCUCUGCCCCCGCAGCAGCCCCUCUGCCGCCUCCAGCCCUGCCAUGUCCCGCUGCUGCAGAGCCCUUUCCCUGCCCCUGCCGCGGCGUCACCCGCCCGCAGAUUUUCUCCUCGGAUGGAGAAUUUCCCCCUUGGCCCUCCCCGGUAGCCGCUGCCCCUCCCACCGCCCGCAUCGGCCGGUCCCACGCUGCGCCGGCGGCCGCCACCGCUGCUCCGGGCACCACGAGCGCUCCGCUCCCUGCUGGGAAAUCCUUGGAAGUGUUUCAGCAGCCGUGACACGUUGGAGAAGCCUGGCACGGGCACCUCGCGCUGCCAGCGGCUCCUGCACCCGGCUGAGAUCGGGGUUUGUCCGGCCACGGCUCCGAGGAUCUCUGGGGUGACACCUCCCUGCUCCUUCCAGGCAAGUCACGCUGGAGAGGAUGGGGAUGGGCAGGGGGUGCUGAGGACUCGGUCCCCACCCUUGUCCGAGCCGAAGGGAGCGGGCAGAGCAGACAACGGGGCUCCCAGCAGCAGGGGAUGAGGAAGGGCAGGGCAGCACGGAUCCAUCCCCCUGGAUCCGGAUCCCGCACUGUGUGAGGGAUGUGGGCUGGCCCCACAUCCGCUCUAUUUGCCUUCCCAAGAUGUCCCGAAGCGUUCGGCUCUGUCCCUGUCCCUGGCUGCCCUCCCAGCUCGGCACAAACCCGGGGCUCUGACCCCCCAGCGGAGCCCCUCCUUGGCUCCGGAGCUGCGGGGAAAGCCCAGGGGAGAGGGAGAAGUGCCGGCUUCCUGCCGGAGCACCCGGAGCAGCUGCUGCGCCAGAGGCCGGAUCCGUUCACAGGCCCCUGUUCCAGAGCUGAGCCGUGGGAACGCGGGGGGUUUAGGUGGAGGGAGCAGCCGGGGCUCGGUCACCCUGCCCUGUGCCAGCCCACCCUGGUGCCACCGUCACCAGCAGAACGGAGCUUUGCCCCGCAGUACAAACAGUGUGGGAGGUGAGGCUGCACCGGGUGCCACCUGCCUUGGGGUCCCACUUGCUCAGCCAGGUGAUGCUCCUGCCCUGGCUGGAGUUUUCCCAUGGCUCUGCCCAGCUCCUGCAGCAAAUCCCAGCCUGGGGCAUCCCAUCCUGCUGUGCCACAAAAGGGUUCGGUGCCAGGCUGGCUACCUGCUCCUGCCUCUGUCGGACGCUGCAUUUACUGCAAGACAAAGCAGAGCCAUGUCAGCAAUUGUUUGCUUUUAACUCUUUCCUGCUCCUCCGAGGAGCACUGCCAGCGUUCAGGUGCCCGUGUGGCACCUCCCUGUCCCCUCGCUGGGCACCGAGCACGGCCCUGGUGUGGGCAGUGCGGCUGACCCCGGGCUCGGGGCACGGCGGGUCGCUGCUGACGCUGCAGGAAUUGCAGCAGCAGCUCGGGGCACGGUGAAACGCCGCCCGGGGCUGGGCUGGGUGUCACCGCCGCAGCGAUGCGUCAGUGCCGCCGUGGGCUCUCCGUGGGGGAGGCGUGUGCGUGGAAAGAAGCGUGCAGUGGGGAGGGGGGGAUGUGUGGAGCCCCCAGAUCUCACCUGCAGCCAGGCCAAACCCGGGUUUGCCAGUGUCUGACUCCAUCCCAGCCGUGUCCGGGCAAGCCCUGCCAGCAAAAUCCCGAUGGAUGAUGGGGGGGACACCUGUUCCCAACUGGAACCCCAGCAGGAGCCUCCAGCUGGGAGCACCUCCCUCUGCGCUGGUUUCAUGUGGAAAUACAGAAACCCGGGAAUUCCCUGCCCAGGUCAGCUUUGCCCUGGCAAACCCCACUUCUGGGUGCUCAGGGUGGGAUCUGAAAUGUGUCUCCGCUUUGCUGGGAUGGGGAUAACGGGGCUGCAGGUGAGGAAUGAGGGGCGUGGGGCGCUGCCACCAACAUCCCAAAGGCCACCGAGGCAGGACGCAGCAGGGCAGGGGCACGAGGUGGCUCCUGGGGGCUGCCAGGGCUCUCCUUGGCCACCUUUCCACAGCUCACGGAGGAAAAAGAGCAGGAAAGCAAAAUGUGCUGCCUUGGAGUGCUGGGAGGGAGCUGCAGCCACGGCCCACCAGUGGCUGUAAAACCAGCAAAAUAAAACCUUCUGCUGUUCAUUGCUGACUAAUAAACAUCAGCCCCGCUGCUGCUGCUGCCGGUAACGAAGUUUUCCUUCCCAGCCACUUGAUUUUAGUGGGAACUUGACCUCAGAUUGGAUCUGCUCUGCAAAGCCUCGCAGGGCUGCUGGCGGCGGGGUGAGAAAUCUCUGCUGGCGACUGCAGAGCCAAGAGACUGAGCCUGCAAGUGCUUCACACACAGACUGGCCCGGGCAGCAGGGAAUACUGACAGCUCCUGCCUGGAGAGGCAGGGAGUUUUCCCAAAUCCCAGGUGACGGGAAGCACGGAUUGGGGUGUGCCACAAGCUCCCCGGGAUGCCUGGAGCAGGGAUCUGGGUCACUCCUGCACCAGCCUUCCAGUCCCUGCGUGGCUUCUCCAAAGCCUGUGGGAACCAAUUCCCCCUCUUCCUCCUCACUGCUGCUUCCCCCAGCGAGGCUGAGGAGUGGCUCCACAGCUCCCCUGUCCCACGGGAUCGACCUGCACGGAGACACCCCUGCUGUCCCCUUCCUCAGCAGGGCUGUGGCUGGGCUGGGCAUCCCCCGGUGUCCCCUCGGACCCAGCCUGGCUCUGGGCACUCUGCCGUGCUCCAGAGCCAAAUCCUGCUCGGGUGGGCAGGAGGGGCUGGGGCUGGACCUGGAGCAUCUCUGCAGCUCCUCGUGCCGGCUCCAGCGCCGCCCUGGACUGAAAUAAUCUCCUCCUGAACUGCACUGCCGUGGGUGCGGGGCGUUUCCCCACCCUGCCACCGUGGGAAGAGCCUUGUCUUUGUGGGACACUCCACCGAGAGGUCCCAGAACUGCCCAGGUCCCCAUCCAGCCCCACCUCAGGCGAGGAGAGCUCCCAGGCUCCGAUCCCACCUCAGAGCCGAUUCCAAACUGCUCAGGGAGAGUCUCCAUCCCCUCCCUGCUGCUGCUCCAAGGGGGGAUCACCAGCGAGGCACGAGCGAAGGACGCAGCACACCCCAAAGCUGCCUUCCUACUGCCGAGUCUGGAACGGAUCCUGAGGGAUUUCAGCUCCACUCCCUGCUUGCUCCAGGACCUGGACUGUGAAAAGCCAGAACAGGAGGGCCAGACUGGGAGGAUCCUCCGCCAGCAGUGUCCCAGCCAGGAGGUGCUGAGGGAUGCAAAGCCUGGCCACUCCCUCUAUCCAUCCCUCCGUGGACUCCAUCCACCCCUCGCCGUGUCAGGGAGGAGGGACGGGAUGGCUGACUGUAAAUAUAUGUAAAUUGUAUAUACUGGAUGUGCCCAGGGGGGUUUUCUGUUCACUGACACAGCCCCACAGGGCGCCCUUGGCUCCCCCUCGCUCUCCCCGGGUGCCAGGGGGUUGGUGGUGGCACCGUGCACGAGCCGGGAGGGACCACGGAGGCUGCUGCCACUCUGCCAGGUGACUUCUGCAGGGCAAGGAGGGUGAGGUGAGGUCUCUGCUCCCUGCAGAGAUCCAGGGCUCCCCAGCAGCACCGUCCAUGCCCCGUGUCCGUGGCCGUGCCCUGUCAGUGGAUCCGUGGUGACCAGGACAUGCCGAGGCCGUGUCCCUGCUCCCAGCCCUGCUUUCCUCCCUGGCAGUCGUUCCUCAGUGUCCCAGUGUGGGACUGAGCCUUCCCACAGAGAAGACUGCCACAGUCUGUGCCACGGGGAGGGAAAUAAAAGAGUUUUCCUA